GGGCCGCUUUAAGCAGGGCACAGCGCGGCGCGGCGGGCGCCCGGCGGCGGGGCCGGCAUGAGGGAGCUGGCGGCCGGGCCGAAGAUGGAAUGCGACAUCUUGGACGCGCUGGAGGCCUUGGGGUACACAGGGCCCCUGCUGGAGGAGGAGGCCUUGAACAAAGCGGCAGAAAAGGGAUUGUCAUCCUCAGAAUUCCUUGAGCUGUGCGUUUGGUUAGGUUCCCAAAUUAAGUCGCUUUGUAAUAUGGAAGAAAGCAUCACUUCAACGGAUGGUGGCAAGGAUGUAGAGAGCUUCCAGCUUGAGGUUAGCAGCUUUCUGAGAGAAAUGGCUUGCCCCUAUUCGUCCCUUAUAUCUGGAGACAUCAAGGACAGAUUAAGAGAGAAAGAAGAUUGUCUGAAACUCCUCUUGUUUCUAAGUACAGAACUUCAGGCUUUAAAGAUACUGAACAGCAAAAAAACGAAAGGCUCCCAUUUGGAAAAGCACAAUGAAGUUUAUCAGGAAGUUCAAGCUAUUUGUGAUGCACUGGGCCUGUCAAACUCCUCAGCUUCUGAUAUUCCUCCCUUGUUAACCAGCGUGGAACAAAAGAUCAAGGACAUCCUCUCCAAAGUUCAAAAUAACCAUGUGGGAAAAUCACUUCUAACAAAGCCUCUGAACUCAGAGCAAGUGGAAAGGUUGGAGAAAAUCAACGAUGCUCUGCGCAGCGAAUACGAGUGCCGGCGGCGGCUGCUGGUGAAGAGGCUGGAUGUGACAGUGCAGUCCUUCGGCUGGUCUGACAGAGCAAAGGUGAAAACAGAUGACAUAGCACGGAUCUACCAGCCCAAGCGCUAUGCCCUGUCGCCAAAGUCAACUGUGACCCUAGCUCACCUGCUGGCUGCCCGAGAGGACUUAUCCAAGAUCAUAAGGACCAGCAGUGGCUCAAUACGGGAGAAAACAGCCUGUGCCAUCAACAAGGUGCUGAUGGGGAGGGUGCCUGACCGUGGAGGCAGGCCCACAGAGAUUGAACCACCUCCUCCUGAAAUGCCUCCUUGGCAGAAAAGACAAGAAGGUGGUGGAAGAGGUGGCUGGGGAGGUGGGGGUGGAGGAAGGGGCAACUGGGGGGGUGGAGGGGGUAGAGGUGGAGGAGGAGGUUUUGGAGGUGGGGGUGGGUUUGGAGGUGGGGGUAGUUUUGGAGGCGGUGGUGGGUUUGGAGGUGGGGGCUUCAGAGGCGGUGGAAGAGGUGGAGGGAACUUCCAAGGUGGAAGGGGAGAUUAUGGUGGCAGGGGAGGUUAUGGUGGCAGAGGAGGCUAUAAUGAUCCAUAUGGUGGAAGAGGAGGAGGAGGCUACAGAAGAUACUAAAGCGCUGUAAAUAUUAGCAGAGCAACUGGCAAAACCUAGUGGUGGUGUUUCCUGGAAUCAGGAGAUUAGAGCUGCUCACUUGGCUUUAGAUUGAAUCCUUGCAUUAGACCAAAUGAUGUUGUCACUGAAUAACUCAACUUUUCUACUCCAGUGUGCUGGUUUCAGUCCUUGUUUUUCGUACUGCUCAUGUGGUGGGGUUUUAAUAUGCUAUUUUAUUUAAAAUAACCCUCAGAAAAUGGAAUAAAAAACCUUUCUAAGCCAACAAAAAUCCUAUCAUUUCAUGGCCAGGCCUCUCAGUUACUGCAUCUUGCAUGCCCACUCCCCUGCUCCAAAAUGCUAUGUGGAAAAAAACAAAACCAAAAUAGGGCUAAGAACUGGUCAGAAAAUGUUUUGAAAUACUCUAGAAUGCUGCUUUCAGGCUUUUCCUCUUCUAGUUUUCAGAUGGGGACAUAUGAACAAAUUUUAAAGUUAAGAUCUUUAAGGCUUUGGUCAAAAUUAUUCAAUUAAGUUUCUUUGUCUUUUAGAACUUCACAUAAAAGUAACAUCCUGAGCUAGUCCUGUACAGAAACUCAUCAAAUCAGGUCAGGUCAUGUACUGUGAACUCAGGACAGUGGUGAGGUUUGAUGUUUUCAUUUCACCUAUUUCCCAUUUUAUUGGUAAUUCACACAAAAAAAAAAAAACAGGGCAGGAAACUUCUGCAGCCAUCUCCUCUGGUGACAGCUCAUUUCUGUGUGCUGUCUGAAUUAGCCUGCAGACAGAAAGGGCAAGUAAGCCGAACUGCCUGACAAACAGCAGACAGCUGCCUCUCCUCUCCUCUCUCCCUCUCUGCUCUACCUCCACUCCUCUCUCUUCUUUCUUUCUCCUUUGCCUUCCCACCUGCUCUGUGUUUGGGAUUCUCCAAAUGUCCGCCUCCUAAACCUCUCACACAGUAUUUGCCCUUCCUCGGUGACUUCUCUCUUUCAUACUCUGCCAACCAGCAGAGUGACCUGUAAGAAGCUCCUCUUACUGUGGUGUGAAUGCCUUCUCCUCCACAGUGUCACUUAGGAGUUAGCUUUCAUGCACUUGUGGCUGUAAAUACAGGAGGAGAAGAAUUGAAUGGAGCUACAAGUUUAAAAGUUUCUGCUGUCCACUGUCUUUUAGAUCUCUUCUGUUGCUGUAAGGCUGCCCCUGAGUACAGAGGUGGAGCAGGGAGAUGAUGGCCAAGCAGACACUCAGGAUGGCAUUGAUCAUGGUCAGGUUACAGACAGAUUUGGGAAGGCACCUGAUAAACCUGGGGGUGGCUGUUGAUAGGAACCUAGAAACAUUGUAUUGAGUGUGUAGCUGUAGGUUUAACUGCAGGUUGAACUUGUAAUCUAUGAUCUUGGUUUUAUGUUCCACAGCGUCAAGUUCUUUCUGCACAGAUUUCCUAUUGGUGUCCGUAUUUGGUAUGCUUUAGUUAUUCUACCUCCAGGAACACCACCUGCAUCUUGUCCUGAUUCACAGGUAGCUUUGGGCAUGAUGUAAAGCUCUGUUCAAAAUCAUUUCUCACUCUGUAACAAAGCCAUCAGCAACUUUACAUUUGGAAUUUCAAUCCUGAUGAACUACAGAUUUCUCUCCUCUAAUUUUCUGAUAAAUGUGGUGUGAUGGAUCCAGCCUUACCCUGACUUUAAGGUCCCAGCAGGUGCCUAACAAAGGGCAGGAGCUUUCCUUGCUUGACCACAGCAACUCAUGGCUUUGCUUCACUCAGCUGCUAGCAAUGCAGUUCCUUGGCCAGGUUUUUUUUUCCAAUGUCCUUUCUGGCCUAGGCUGUUGUCAGCCAUUAUGGAGACACCCUCCUGUGGAAGCAAAGUUCUGGGUUUCUUGAUUUUUCAGCUUGUUUUUUCCCUAAUGGUUUGGAAUAGCUCACAAGUUCUGGUGUCUCCAGCAGGAGGACACAGAGCUGCUGGAGCAGCUCUGCUGUGAGGACAGGCUAAGGAAGCUGGGGGUGUUCAGCCUGGAGAAGACUCCAGAGGGACCUUACAGCUGCCUGCCAGUACCUGAAGGGAUCCUGCAGGAAGGCUGCAGAGGGACUUUUCAUCAGGGUGUCUAGAGGCAGGACAAGGGGAAUGGCUUGAAGCUGAGGCAGAGCAGGGUUAGACUGGAGCUUAGGAAGUAGUUCUUCAGUAGGAGAGUGGUGAGAUUCUGGAACAGGCUGCCCAGAGAGGCUGUGGCUGCCUUCUGCCUGGGGGUGUUGAAGGCCAGGCUUGAGAACUUGAGCAGCUGAGUCUAGUUGAGAUGUGUCCCUGUCCAUGGCAGGGAGGUUGGAGAUGAGCUCUGAGGUCCCUUCCAACCUAAGCCAUUCUGUGACAUCAGAUUGGACUGCUGGCUGUGGAGGUGAGGUGUUGGUGAGCAAAGGAACAGAGAAAGAAGAUAACCAACUGAAGCCUUAAUACAAAAUUGUUUGCUCAUCCCAAAGUGAUGUUUUGCUACAAGUGAUUUCUGAACAGCCCUCAAGCAUUUGGCUUCCACAGGGAAGGAUACUGGGAAAAUCCAAAAGGCUCAUCUCUGUGACAAUGCCAUCAGGCUUAGGGCAGGGAGCUGAACUCUUGUUUGUAACUGGGGAUGUAGCCUGGGGCUUCUACUUGCCUGUUUGUAGCAGGCAGGACAGCCAGUAAUGAAGUGAGCCCCUUAUGCAAUUCUUGCAGUUACAUUAGUUCAUUAUCAUUUCAUUCUAUUGGUGUAGACCACUGAAAGUUCAAAUAGGUUGGAGAGUUUGGGGGUUUAUUUGGCCAUUUCAGGUUGUUUUUUUCUUCAUUCAUUCCAAACUGUGAAGCCAGUAGCUGAAAAUUAAAGCAAGCACCACCAUGUUAUGGAACCUCCUUCCUUAUCUUCUUUUAGUUUAAUCCUCUCCAUACCUUUUGUAUGUUUGGCUUGGGGAAAAAAAGACUUUUCAAAAGUCCUUGCUGUAAGUAGAUUUUUUUUCAUACACCUUUGUGUUUCUUCUCCCUUAAUAUCUACCUGAAUGUUGCUCUCUUUGCUCAAGGGUUGAAAACCAGGGUUGGAGAUAUUUUUAUUUUCAGGAUUUGAGAGAGAUUUGUUAACAGAUGUGAACACUGAGGAAUAAAGCACUGGAGCUGAA